AUGCUUCAAAAUAUCCACCUCUAUUCAUCUAUUUUUCCAUCUUCAUCUAUUUGUGUAAGUUAACCAAAAUAUGGAUCAUGAAAAUGGUGGUAGAAAACCAGAGGUUAUUGCAGGAGGGUCAGAUGAGCCUAAGACACACAAAAGUAGACACAGUUGUAUGUAUUGGGGGAUAUUAUUGUUGUUAAGGUUUCUAGCACUUAGUGCAACUGUCUUGGCUACACUUAUAAUGUCCCUUAACAAAGAAAGCAAAACAAUGGUUGUUGCUACUAUUGGAACCAACCCCAUUAAAGCCACUCUCGUUACCAAAUUUCAGAACACCCCUGCUUUUGUAUUCUUUGUGAUAGUCACUUCUAUAGUCAGUUUCCACAACUUGGUGAUGUUGUUGACUGAAUUGUUUGGGCACAAGUUCGGUUUCAAAGGGAUUAAGCUUUUGGCAAUGACACUCUUGGACAUGGGAGCGGUUGUUCUGCUAUCAGGUGCUACUGGUGGUGCAGCUUCAAUAGCGCAGCUUGGAAAGAAUGGGAACACACAUGCUCGUUGGAACAAGAUUUGUGAUAAGUUUGAGAAAUACUGCGGUCGUGGUUCUGGAGCCCUUAUCGCUGCCUUCAUCGGAAUUAUUCUCCUGCUAGUCCUCAAUGUGACGUCCACCAUUGCUAUUCAUAAGAAUACUCGAUCGUCGUCAGCUCAUUAAUCACUCAUAUUAUAUCGGCCUUACUACUCUACGUCUAUAACUAAUGCUAUUUUCAUCUGGUUUCCUUCAAGUGCUUGCACAAGUAUGUAACCUGUCUACAGGUUUGAGUUAUUUAAAUUAUGAAAGGCAUUUGCUUGCUUUGGUUUUAGAUA